AUGUUAUAUAUUUUAGGUCUUGCCCCCAAAUGUCCUCUCUUGAAAGUUCAGAGAGGGACUGUCCAUAAAGCCUUCAUAAACAAGCCUUUCAAGAUCUCCUGCAAUCUGACAUAUUGUGAUGAACAGACAAUCAAUGUGACAUGGACCAAAGAAAACAUGAAAGAAUGGAUUUCAAUAUCUGGAGCAGAUCAAAUGUCAACAUCACAGAACUAUUCAUCAUCUGAUCCAAAUAUGUUGACUUCAUAUUUAACUUUCACAAAUAUAUCAAAGCAUCAUGAAGGCUCUUACAGAUGUGAACUAACGUUACCACACCUCUCUAUAUAUAGCCAUCAUAUCAAUGUUUCUGUCUCAGAUAACAUCCUGGAAUAUGAAUUGACAAUAGAAAGAGACAACACUGAUAGCAGCUCUGGUUCAUAUCCAUGGUGGCUGCCGUAUCUCUUCAUCUGUUUGGGUGUGCUGAUUCUGGUUCUUAUAGUAAUGCUCAUCUCGAUCCUGUGUAUUAACGGAUUUAAAAGUUUGAACGCAAAGAGAUCGCAGGUUCAGAACUCAGAAGAACUACAGCAGCACUCUCGUAACAGCAACACAUGUAAUUUAACAUUACAACCCGGACAGUCUACAUCACACCUGUCAGACUGUAGUGAUGAUCCUUUGUCUAACAGGAAAGAUAGCAGAUCAAGUCAGGUUGUAUAUGCAUCUCUGCAUCACCUCGCACCAACACCAUCAUCUGCCACAUCUCGUCAGACACAGGAGGAGUUUUCAGAGUAUGCAUCUAUCCGGGUCUCCUGA